AACAGUGACACAGAGGAUGGGUAGAGUGAGUGAGAAGACAGAGAGAAGAAGAGAGCGAGAGGCACACCUUGAAGGAAGUUAACAAAAUAACGGAGAGAGAACAAAAGGAGCAUCAUAUCUGAAGGUAAAAAUUUGUAUGUUUUGUUAAAUUUCCAUUAUCUUUUAAUAUCACACCUUAUUUACUGAUAUGUGAAUAACCAGAUGGUGCAUUGAACUUUUAAAAACGCACCCUUCAUCUCAAGAUGGUGUUUGUACUGUACCGGACUACUUCAAAUCUGUCAACCAUGUUAACAUUUUCUCACUUUUUUCUCCGUAAGAUGGGACUUGUGCAAUACUGUGUAACUCUCCUGAUGUUAUCUGCACAAUUGGUGUUCACCGUGCCGCUGACAGAAAAGACAGAGUAUUGUCCAAUGGGUGGCAGACAGUGUAUAAGGUGCCCUGCAGGUGAGUAUCAGAAAUCAUGUGCAGAGUGUGAACCGUGUUCUACUGGAUGGUACACAUCUACCAUGAACUGUGAAGACAGCUGCCACCCCUGCUUCAAAGACUGCAGACCAGAUUACCAUUUGAAGGUGAUUAAGAACUGCACAGGCACGUCUGAUCUCCAGUGCGUCUGUGAGGAUGGCUUUGAAUGCGCUGAAAAUGUCACGCUCUCAGCCAACUGCAAGCACUGUGUCAAGAUCACAGUCAAAACCACAACUGCAGCCGUAAUCCUGGUCGAAGAUAAACAGACACCUUCCUCAGCUUCCUCAGCUUCCUCAGGGCAUAGCAGCACUUCCGCCGGACCCUGCUUAUUUCCCAAAUGCAGCCCUCAGCAUGUCACAUUGCCAAGAAACGGCACACGCAGAGAACAGAGUUACAGCAGUCUGCGGGCAGCCAUCUUGUGUCCAGUGGUUGCUAUGGGAUGCGUUGCCUUUGUGAUCCUGAUCUGUUUCCGUCGUACCGGGGAUGAAACAUACUUCAAGCAUGGUAUCGCAAAGCUGUGCAACAGGGGGGGUAAAAAUGCUUCUUACAAGUCGAAGGAGUCAACUCAUCAGUUCCCCAGAGACUCAUUCAGUGCAAAGCAGCAGCCAUCGUCCCUUUCAGCAGCCAAUCUAGGUCCAGUUCAUGUCCACAACCCGGGGACGGUCAUCUUCAGCUUGCUCAGUCAGUUUACAGGCCAAGUUGGCCCGACAAUUGAGGCGGGUAAGACAGCUGAGAGAGUGAGCAAUGAAGAAGAAGAUGACAGAGCCUGUCCUGUUUAUCAUCCCACAUCCUCACCUGGCAUUCACCUCUCUGAGGAGGAGAGAAGCGGAGAUGUUGACAGCUUUAUCUUUCCCUCCCAGGAGCAGGGGAAGGACUGUCACGUGUCCAAAGAGGAGGCGCUAUGAUACAUCGUUAAAAAAUCCCAGAGGAAUUUUGAUGAUGUCAUGUCUGCUGGCCUGCAGCCUGUUUCUAAGCACAUUCUUUUCAAGGAAGGAACUGUAAAACUGAAACAACAGAAUGAGUUUGGAGCAGAUUCAUCUUUCCCUGGAAAACUAUGAGGGGAUCUCAGCUCUCUGCAGUAACAUUUUUAUCUACGGGCUGUUGAAAGCAAACUCUGAACUUAAAUUGAAGCACAGCUGGGAGCUCCUUUGUAAGUUAUUUUUUUAAAUCUUGUGUAAAUACUCUUUGAUAAGCUCUGCCAGCCCUUUUUUUACCAGCAUGAGAUGUGGCUGUUUAAUGGUAUACCUAAAUAUUAGGCAUUUUGUUUGUAUCAAAAU